CUGUUGGAGAGGCUGAGCACACGAGGUUGAGUCGCAAGCUCAGAAAGCCACGGUACGGAACAAUGUUGCGAAAAUUGACCGCCACUGUGUUACCGUACUGCGCGGUAACCGUUUUGCUGCUGGUCGCGUUCUUUUUUCUCAGUUUUCUCCGUCUCUUGCCCUGUACGAAAUGGAUCGUGGUUAAACUGAUGCAAAUGGUUGCAUCGAUCACACUGCCCACCGAAGUCUACUGGCAUUCACUGUUCACAUGGCCAAUGUUAAAGUCGCUGCGCAACGCGAUUCUGCGCGAACUGCAAAAAUCAGCGCGGAUCGACCAUCCUGCUCCCAAUCCCUCCCUGGUCUCCACGGAUGGAUUGUCGCACCGUCGUCUUUUCAACUUUUGCAAAGGAAAUCGUCCGCUGGUUGUCAACUUCUGCAGCUGGACAUGCCCAGUUUUUCGGGCCAGGGUGGGCGAGUUCCUCAGCAUUGUACAAGAGUUCAGUGAUGUGGCUGAUUUCCUUACUGUUUACAUCGACGAAGCUCACCCGUCUAACGGAUGGGCCUUUAAGAACAACGUUGUAAUCCCUAACCACGCAACCUUAGAAGAGAGAUGCCAGGCUGCAAAACUUAUGCUGGACUCGGUGAAGUUUAACUGCCCCGUUGUUGUGGAUACAAUGGAGAACGAAGCUAAUAGGGCCUACGCCGGGCUUCCUAUAAGACAGUAUAUAAUUAAGAAUCAAAACGUGGUUUACGCCGGACUACCUGGACCAACGUAUUACAACCCUAAAGAAGUUGAAACGUGGUUAAAGGAGUUCAAAGCUGAAUUUAUGAGAACUGGACGCCACAGGGCUUAAAAUGUAAAAACGCAGUUGACUAGAAGAACGACGUUAACGUCCGUUUGACUUGUUCGGUCACGUCGCAUUCGACAAACCAGACAAGAGGAAAUACAAUUAGGAUAGAUGACCAGCACCGGAAGUUUUUAUAAACGAAAAGUUGACAUUAAAUUAAAUGGAAACAUUGCCUUGAAACUUUCCAAGGAAAUACUAUCGGAAGACUGACAAAGAACAAUUUUAAUUUCUCGUUAGAUGCGAUGUAACGAAAAAAACAAAGCGAUCUUUUGACGUGCUUUGUUCCCGCGAAAGCCUAUAAUUGUUUGCUUAGCUUAUUUACAAGCAGGCCAGAAGGGCUGUGGUCAUGGAUCUGUAGGAAUAGCUUCUUACUCGGUCGCGACAACUUUAAUUCUAGGCUAAGCAUGAUAAUUGAUGAAAGAAUGCCUUUGUGUAGGAAGUCAGUCUUUAAGUAAUGUAUUUAGAAUUGUUCAUUAUUCAAUUACACGAAUGUAAAUAAAUUACGUGUUAGCCUA